UUUAGUGUUUAUCACCAUUUGCACUCAACAUUUGCACUUGUAUCUUAUCGCUAAAAUGGCAUCAACAAAACCCCUUACGAUGAUAGAUACACCAGAAGGAAGAAAAUGGGUUUGUGAAAUUUGUGGAAUGACUUUAAAGAAAAGGCCAUAUCUCAAGCAGCAUUUAAAAAGAUGGCAUAGAUCAAACAUGCUCAAAGAUAAUUCCAGUACAACUUUAUCCUGUACUAACAAGCAUGCUGUCACUAAUACAGAGGAGACAAUGUUAGAAGAAAUUGAGGAUGAUCACUUUCAGAAUGGGUACAUGGAUUUUAUAAAUUCAAUUCAAGACAGCACAGGAGAAUGUCUAAUUGAGGUCAAAGGUGAUUUUGAUGAAAGUGAGAACACCUUAUCAAAUAGAGAUGGUCAUAUAACUGACAAAAGUGAGAGGCUUGAAACAGAAAAAAUAGAAAAAAAAAUAGAAAAGGUAAUGGAUGUUCCGCAGACGGAUGUUAUAACUGACAAAACAGACCAGUUGCUGAACAGACACACUGAAAAUACAAACAUUGAUAUAGUGGUUCUUUCUCCUGAUUCCAUGAUAGUUAAUACACCAGAAAGAAGAAGGGUGUCUUGCGACAUUUGUGAAAAAACAUUUAAGAAACUAGCAUAUCUCAACAGGCAUUUGAAAUGUAUGCAUGGACCAAAAACGCGUGAAGAUUACAUCAGUACCGCUAUACAUAGUGAUGACAGAUAUACUGUCAAAACUAAUGAGAAAAAUUCUGAAGAAGUAAAUGAUUCAAGUUUUAAUAAUGAUUACAUGUCAUUCAUAAAUUCAGUUGAAAACAGAAUAGGAGAAAGGCUAAUGGAGGUCACUGAUAAUUUAAAAGAAGCUGGCAACAUCAUUCCAAACAGAGAUGUUCAUACAACUGACAGAAAUCAGCAUGUAAAUGCAGAUAGUUUUGAAGCAACUAGCAACUAUAUAUCAGCUACGAAUGUUUUAAUAUCUGAUAGAAAUGAUGAUUUAUUAGAGAAUGAAAUGAAUGUUUCUAAGACUGACAAAAGAGGCAACCCACAGGAUAAGAAUGCCAGCGAAAUAUAUGAUACAGUUAAGAGAUAUAUUUGUGAUCAUUGUCAAACAACAUUUAAAAAAAGUAUUUAUUUAACUCGACAUCUGAAAUCUAGACAUAACCUUCAGAAAUCAGAAGACAAGGAAUAUAGAACGGUAGUAUCUCAGAAAAAAGUUGAUACAAGGAAGAAUCUUGUGGUACAGGGUACAUAUAAUUGUGAGUUUUGUCCAAUGACCUGUAGAAAGAAAUCUUAUUUACUGAAGCAUGUAAAAAGAAAACACAAUGCUGUUUUACAAAGGUCAAGAGAUGAAUGUCUUAACGAGGUAACCUCUCAUGUUGAUCAAACUGCAAAGGAUGAAGUUGGAAGAGAUUUGGUGGAGAUUGAGAAAUUUACCACAGAUCAUGUUGAGAAAGAGAUGAAAGUUUUUCAGCUUGAUGUCCAGUUUGACAGUAAGAAUGAUGUACUGAAUAGAAAUAUGGAAAUUGUAGAUACUGGCCAUAAAGUUAUUUCUGCCAGAUCAGUUGUAAAAGAAGGGUGUAGCCUUGGGGAUAUGAUUGUAAGUAUGAAAGACUUUAUAGGAGAUGUCCAGAUAAAACCAGAAAAUAUAGAGUUUGAACUAAAAGGGAGAGGAAUGAAGUUAAAGGUUAUGUAUCAGUAGAAGGAACGCAGUGCAGAAUAGGUUUCCAUACCACUGUGAAAAUUCAAAACUACAUAGAUGUCAAUAGAUGACAGAUGUAUAGUGAUACUGCUUUGUUGUUUUGCUUAAACUCUAGCUCAUUAUUUUGUCACUGUUUUCGUAGUGGCAUGAAUGUUCUUGGUUUGCAUAUUACAAUAUUUUGUUUGCAUUGGUUUUGUUUUACUAUCUACAUUCACAAGUGUGUUAGUAUAAGUAUAUUAAGUAAAGUGACAAAACAAUAAAAAUGUUAGCCUUCCAUCAUUUCUUGAAUGAUAUAUAUUCAUUGAUAUGUGUUACUAAUUAUUGUGUCAAAUAUCAAAUGUUCAGAAUGUAAAAAGAAGGCAUAUAUUAUGACAUUAAUGAUAAUCAGGUCUCAUCUAAGGCUGUAAGAAGCAUUUCUCAGGAACUGCCUUCAUUUCAUCCAGAUUACAAUUUUGAAAUGACUUAUU